CUUUUUUGUGGUUUGUUUUUCAUUAUCCAGCCCUUAUUUUUAUUUCUCACUAUAGGAUUAUUUCUUAGUACUUCACUUAGCCGAUUUUUCUCUGGUGGGGAUGUUUUUUUGUCUUUAUUUUGUGCCUUAUUUAUGUUUAGAAUACACCUACUGCAAUAGUGUCGUGUGGUGACACUUCCGCAGCAACAGGUGGCAGUAGAGCUCCAGCUAACGCUACAAUAAACUCAGGAAAAUAUAAAGACGAAGAAGACUUACCAUCAACAGUGCAUCCCUUGCAGAGAUUAUUUUUUAUCUGGCCCAGAUAACGUUGUAGAGCAGCGCAGCAGUAACAAAGCGGGGAAAAUGGACACAAGAGCCUGGAGGAAUCCGUAUCAUGACUACAGUGGGAGCCCUGCGUCCACACAGACGUUGUUUGACUCUCAAGGAAAGCUCACAUCAGAGUUUGCCCAGCGACUGAGCAGCAAGAUCAGUGAGCUUUUGGCUGUUAUGGAAAAUGGGCUGAAGUCUGCUGAUCCAAGAGAUUGCACCAUUUACACUGGCUGGGCAGGUAUUGCUCUGCUCUACUUGCACCUCCACAAUGUGUUCAAGGACCCCUCCUUACUUCAGAAAGCACUAGAAUAUGUCAACCACAGUCUGAAGUGUUUGACCCGACGUCAUGACGUCACCUUCCUAUGUGGGGAUGCCGGGCCCCUGGCUAUAGCUGCUGCGGUCUACCAUCGCCUGCAGAGGGUGCAAGAGACUGACGAGUGCAUCAGCAGACUGCUUCAGUAUCACCAGACUGUGGUGAAAGGUUCAGGCGGGCUGCCUGACGAGCUGCUCUAUGGGCGGAUGGGCUACCUCUACGCCCUCGUCUUUGUCAACCAGCAGCUCGGGCAAGACAGGAUCCCACUGCAGUACAUCCAGCAGAUCAGUGAGGCUGUGCUCGUUUCAGGCGAGCACCUCAGUAGGAAGUUCAGGGUCCAGAACCACAGUCCUCUGAUGUACGAGUGGUACCAGGAGCAGUACAUUGGCGCCGCCCACGGCUUGGCUGGAAUCUACUACUUCCUCAUGCAGCCGGGCUUCGUCUGUGUGGAGGAGUAUGUACACCGGCUGGUGAAGCCCAGCGUGGACCACGUCUGUCGUCUCAAGUUCCCCACAGGAAACUACCCUGCCUGUAUCGGGGACGACCGAGACCUGUUGGUGCACUGGUGCCACGGAUCCCCAGGAGUGAUCUACAUGCUCCUGCAGGCAUACAGGGCCUUCGGAGUACCUCAGUACCUGGAAGACGCCCUGCAGUGUGGAGAGGUGGUGUGGCAUUGUGGUUUGCUGAAGAAGGGCUACGGGCUGUGUCACGGUGCGGCGGGUAACGCCUACGCCUUCCUGGCCCUCUACCGGCAAACGCAGGACCCCAAGCACCUUUACAGGGCCUGCAUGUUUGCAGACUGGUGCAUGAACUACGGCAAACAUGGAUGCCGAACGCCAGACACUCCUUUCUCCCUUUUUGAAGGCAUGGCGGGCACCAUCUACUUCUUGGCUGACCUUCUGCAGCCAAUGAAAGCAAGGUUCCCAGCCUUUGAGGUGUAAACGUUUCUCCACAGGUAGUCCUCCCAACCCACAUUGUGGAAAAUAGAACAAGAAGAAGACCCACACUCUCUGUCGCUCUCACUGCAUGAAAACACUUCAUUUCAUCUCAAUAAAUGAAAUUCUGGGACUGACUUUGACUCCCACUUCACACAUUGUGCCAUGUGUUCCCUGCUCUUCUCUUCUGGGAACUUUACAUGUUAUUAACAGAAUCGAUCCUAUACUCACAUCUCAACUACAUAAUUAUCUCAAAGAUAUGUCAAAGGUGAGAGCCUCUCUAGCUUUUGGUGUAUAAUUAAACUCUUGCUUUAUUAAUUUCGGCUGUUGCUCAGAUUGUGAUGUCUUUGAGGGUUUAAGCAAAAAGGAAGGAAACUAAUUUUCAAUUUGUCAAAACUUAAAAUUAAAUUGUGGGGAAACUAACUGGUGUUUUGUUAACACUUAAGAACUGUAUAUUUCUAUUAUGUCAGUUUGAUAUGUAAAAAAGAAAAAAAAAAAGGAAAUGGAUGCUUUAGUUUGCUAUUCUGUUUGCUGUUGACGUUUCUCUGAAAAAGAAAAGCUAGAGUACAAGCUGUGUCAUGUGUUAAGGGGUUAACCCUUAAAGUGUAAACUGUUUGCCUGUCCUUUGCACUGUCUGAGCAAUAAACCUUGUGUCUUUUUACAGCUGUUGCUGUAGUGAA